CCGCCGCCGCCGCGCUCGCCGGAUUCCGCCACAUUAUUUUCCGCCCACGUCCUCCCGGCGCCGUCCCGCAGGCUCGCCGCUGCGGCAAGCUCCUUCGCAUCUCGAAGUUUGCCACGACAAGCUGACUCAUUUAGUCGGGUGAUUGGCGCAGCCCGUGGGCCAUGACGCCGAUGGCUUCCCUCUCCCUCUCCAUCUCCACCGUGCCGGGGCGCGCACGCCGUGCGGCGUACGUUCAAGCCCCUCGAAGGCGGCGCAUGGCGGUGGUGCGGGCGAAGGUGCGGGAGAUCUUCAUGCCGGCGCUGAGCUCGACGAUGACGGAGGGCAGGAUCGUCUCCUGGACGACCGCCGAGGGAGACCGCGUCUCCAAGGGCGACCCCGUGGUGGUCGUCGAGUCCGACAAGGCCGACAUGGAUGUGGAGACAUUCCACGACGGCAUCAUCGCCGCCGUCCUCGUCCCGGCCGGCGGGACCGCCCCGGUCGGCGCCCCCAUCGCCCUCCUCGCCGAGUCCGUGGAGGAUGUCGCCCUCGCGCAGGCGCGUGCCCAGGACCUAUCCAAAGCCCAGGGCGAAGAGCCCCCUCCUCCCCAUGCCGCCGCCGUGGCUCCACCCACCGUGUCUCCCGCUCCGGCGCCAGUGGCUGCGCCGACGAAAAGCAUCGCCACGCCUCAUGCCAAGAAGCUCGCGAAGGAGCACAGAGUGGACAUCUCCAAGGUCGUCGGUACCGGGCUGAACGGCCGCAUCACGGCGGCUGACGUUGAGGCAGCCGCUGGCAUCCAGCCAAAGCCAAAGGCUGCUCCACCUCCAGCCCCUGCGGCUUACUCUGCGCCUCCAGCAGCAGUGCUGCCUCCGGUGCCUGGCGCGACAGUGGUACCAUUCACAUCCAUGCAAUCGGCGGUGAGCAGGAACAUGGUGGAGAGCUUGUCAGUGCCAACAUUCCGAGUUGGGUAUGCCAUCACAACUGAUAAGCUUGACGCGCUCUAUGAAAAGGUUAAGUUGAAAGGGGUCACAAAGACAUUGUUGCUAGCGAAAGCCGUAGCCAUGGCGCUCGCUCAGCACCCAAUUGUGAAUGCCAGCUGCAGGGAUGGAAACAGCUUCAGUUACAACACUAGUAUUAACAUCGCGGUGGCAGUUGCCAUCGAGGGUGGCCUUCUUACGCCUGUCUUGGAGGAUGUUGAUAAGGUGGAUAUAUAUCUGCUUGCACAAAAGUGGAGAGCCCUGCUCAAGAAGACGCGCUUGAAGCAGCUUCAACCAAAUGAGUACAGCUCAGGGACAUUUUCGCUGUCCAAUAUGGGUAUGUUUGGGGUGGAUAGAUUUGAUGCAAUCCUUCCACCUGGUCAGGGGGCUAUCAUGGCUGUUGGAGCAUCGAGACCUACUGUUAAAGCUGAUAAGGAUGGUUUCUUCAGUAUCAAGAACGAAAUGCUGGUCAAUGUUACUGCCGAUCACAGGAUUAUAUAUGGCGCUGAUUUGGCAGCGUUUCUCCAAACGUUUGCAAAGAUUGUGGAGGACCCUGAGAGCCUAACAUUGUAAGGAGAAGUUCCUCACAGGUGUUGCCUACACGUCCGUGAUUUAUCUUGUUCCAAUUGGAACAUGAUGAUAGUACUAAUAAUGGUAUGGAGAAUCCGCCGAGGUGUUAAAGAUCGAUGUAGAAUAGCCACAGACAACUCUGUAUACUGUUUCUUUCUUGGAUGUAGAUACCCUGAUUCAGCAAACCAUAAAUAAUCUACAUUUCUUGGAGUGUUAAUAAUAAUAAUGCAAAAGAUCUUUUUUA